CUGCAGUUUCCCCAAGAGUCCAGCCUUGGAUGUAAAGCCUUGACUGUAGUUCCUGCUGUUGCCUUCCUCUGCCACCUUGAGCAAGAUUAUUUGGAUUCAGCAAAAGACUUGGGCAUAUUACUGAAUACAGGCAUUUUUGCCUCUUUGUGACAGACUCUUCCUUCUAUUCUUGGAGACAGACAUUGUGAAUAGUUGUGAACAUGAUCCGCAUUGCAGCGCUGAACGCGAGCUCCACGCUGGAGGAUGACUAUGAGGGUACCUUCAAAAGCCAUAAAACACAGACCAAGGAAGCUCAGGAAGCAGAAGCUUUUGCUUUGUACCACAAAGCUCUGGACCUUCAGAAACAUGACAGAUUUGAGGAGUCUGCUAAAGCUUAUCAUGAGCUACUUGAGAUUCGUCUUCUGAGAGAGGCAGUUCUUUCUGGUGAUGAGAAAGAAGGGCUGAAACACCCGGGUUUGAUGUUAAAAUAUUCCACCUAUAAAAACCUGGCACAACUGGCAGCACAGCGGGAUGACUUAGAGACAGCCAUGGAGUUCUAUCUGGAGGCUGUAAUGCUGGACUCCACUGAUGUCAAUCUCUGGUACAAAAUCGGCCGUGUGGCGAUAAAGCUGAUCCGCCUGCCCUUGGCUCGGCACGCUUUUGAGGAAGGGCUCAGGUGCAAUCCUGACCACUGGCCUUGUUUGGAUAACCUUAUCACCAUUUUGUAUACACUCAGUGACUACACAACAUGUUUGUACUUUAUCUGCAAAGCUCUGGAAAAAGAUUGUCUGUAUAGCAAAGGAUUGGUUCUGAAGGAGAAGAUCUUUGAGGAGCAGCCUUGCCUCCAGAAAGAUUCCCUAAGGAUGUUCCUCAAAUGUGACAUGUCAAUCCAUAAUGUGAAUGUGAGUGCAGCUGAAGCAGGGAGGAUCAUAAAUGAGGCUCUGGAGCUCCGUGAGAAGAGACAGGCGCUGCUGGUGCGGGACAGGGAGCCCGACCUCAGGCUGGUGCAGCCAAUUCCCUUUCUCACGUGGAAGUGUUUGGGAGAGGCCUUGCUUGCCAUGUACCAGCACCUCACAACGUGUGAUCCUCCUCGCCCCAGUCUGGGCAAGAGAAUUGAUCUCUCAGAGUACAGAGACCCAGUUCAGCAUUUGAUGCUUUCUCCCACCUCUGCUCCUGUCAGUGUUAUUCAGCCAACUCCUGUCAGCACCAGUGCAGUGGUGGCAGUGCCAGAUCCUGUGUUACCUUACACUCCAACCACACCCAACUUCCCAACUCACAGCCAGAGUUCACUGGAGCCAGGAGCUGCUGUAGGUGAGCAAGGUGACAUAUCUGCAGGUGAUAAAUCUAAGAAAGGAGUGAAGAGAAGAAGAAUUACAGAAGACAGUGGAGAAACAGCCAAAAGGAGAUCUGCCAGAGUUCGGAACACCAAGUGUAAGAAAGAGGAGAAGGUUGACUUUCAAGAGCUGUUGGUGAAGUUCCUUCCUUCCAGAUUAAGGAAAUUAGACCCUGAGGAGGAGGAGGACCCUUUCAAUAACUAUGAGGUGCAAUCAGAGAUCAAAGAGGAGAAUUUUCAGCAUGUUGGACCACACAGAAUGUCAUUUGAUUCUACAACAUUUAUGGAGUCUGAAAAGCAGGAUGUUCAUGAAUUCCUGCUGGAUAACCUGAACAAUGGUGGCAUCUUGGAGCUGAUGAUGAGAUACCUGAAAGUCAUCAGCCAGAAGUUCCUGGUGAAGUGGCCUCCUGGUUUGUGUGAGGUGGUGCUCAGCAUCUACAACAGCUGGAGGAAGCACAGCAGCAGCCUCCCCAACCCACUCCUGAGGGACUCCAGCAAUCAGCACAUCAAGGAUAUGAUGAUAAUGAGCCUUUCUUGCAUGGAGCUGCAAUUAGAUCAGUGGCUCCUGACAAAAGGGAAGAGUUCUACAGUUUCUCCAAGAAAUUGUCCUGCUGCCUCUGUGAAUGGCAAGUUUGGCCCUGACUUCCCAGGAACCCAUUUUUUGGGAGACCUGCUGCAGCUGUCCUUUGCAUCCUCACAGCGAGAUUUGUUUGAGGAAGGCUGGAUGGAGUUUGUCACUCGGGUCUAUUGGCUCAAGGCUCGCUUCCUGGCACUGCAGGGAGACAUGGAGCAGGCACUUGAGAACUAUGAUAUCUGCACGGAGAUGCUGCAGAGCUGCAGCAGCAGCCAGGCUGAGGCUGCCCCUGAGAGCAGCGCCCUGAUCCGCCUGCCCAACCUGCACGUGGAUUCUGUGGUGUCCUUGGAGGAGAUUGAAAAGAACCUCAAAUCUCUGGAGAGAUGCCAGUCUUUGGAAGAGAUCCAGCGCCUCUAUGAGGCAGGGGACUACAAUGCAGUGGUGCAUCUGCUCAGGCCAACCUUGUGCUUCAAUGGCUAUGGCAGAGCCAAACACCUGGAGUUUGUCACAUCCAUACCUGAGAGACCAGCUCAGCUGCUUCUCCUCCAGGACUCCCUGCUCAAACUGAAAGACUACAAGCAAUGCUUUGAGUGCUCAGAUGUUGCCUUGAAUGAAGCAAUUCAGCAGAUGAUUAACAUGACAGCAGCCUCUGCUAAAGAGGAGUGGGUUGCUACGGUAACACAGCUGCUGACAGGAAUAGACACUUCAUUAUCCUCAGUUAACAGCAUCCUGAAAGACUCCUCUGUCACACCCAGCCUGGUUCGCUUAACAAACAACCUGAUCCAGAUCAUAGACUGCAGCAUGGCUGUGCAGGAGGAGCCAAAGGAGCCCUAUGUGUCCUCAGUGCUGCCGUGGAUUAUCCUGCACAGGAUCAUCCAGCAUGAGGAAGAUGCUUUUCGAUCCCUUUGCUGCCAGCAGCAGCAGAGCCAGGGAGAAGAAGUGAGUCCUGAUACCCCUAUGUUGCCUUCUUCACUUAUGCUGCUGAACACAGCUCAUGAAUAUUUGGGAAGAAGGUCCUGGUGUUGCAAUUCAGAUGGUGCUCUGCUCAAGUUUUAUGUUCAGGUACUGCAGAAAGAACUUGCAGCUUCCACUUCUGAGGAUACUCAUCCAUACAAAGAGGAGCUGGAAACAGCCUUGGAGCAAUGUUUUUAUUGUUUAUAUGGUUUCCCUAGCAAAAAAAGCAAAGCAAGGUACCUAGAAGAACAUUCAGUACAGCAGGUUGAUCUAACAUGGGAAGAUGCUUUGUUCAUGUUUGAGUAUUUUAAGCCUAAAACUCUUCCAGAAUUUGAUAGUUACAAAACCAGUACUGUGUCUGCUGAUUUGGCCAACCUCCUGAAGAAAACUGCCACAAUUGUUCCUCGAACUGACAAGCCUAUGCUGAGCCUGGAGACUGUAUCUGCCUAUAUUGAAGGAACAUCCAGCAAGGCACCAUCUCUCCCUGAGGGUGCAGACUACUCUCCACCAGUGGUGACUGAGCUCUAUUAUCUCCUGGCAGAUUAUCAUUUCAAGAACAAAGAACAGUCCAAGGCCAUUAAAUUUUACAUGCACGACAUUUGUAUUUGUCCAAACAGGUUUGACUCCUGGGCUGGGAUGGCUCUGGCUCGAGCGAGCCGCAUUCAGGACAAGCUGAACUCCAACGAGCUGAAGAGUGAUGGCCCCAUCUGGAAACAUUCCACCCCUGUCCUGAACUGCUUCAAACGGGCCCUGGAGAUCGACAGCUCCAACCUGUCCCUGUGGAUCGAGUACGGCACCAUUUCCUACGCCCUGCACUCCUUCGCCUCCCGGCAGCUCAAGCAGUGGAAAACAGAGCUGCCCCCUGAAGUGGUCAAGCAGAUGGAGGAGCGCAGGGACAGCAUGCUGGAGACAGCCAAGCUGUGCUUCACGUCCGCGGCGCGCUGCGAGGGCGACGGCGACGAGGAGGAGUGGCUCAUCCACUACAUGCUGGGCAAGAUAGCUGAGAAACAGAAGCAGCCUCCUGUGGUGUACCUGCUGCACUACAAACAGGCAGGGCACUACCUGCACGAGGAGGCUGCUCGCUACCCAAAGAAGAUUCACUACCACAACCCACCAGAACUGGCCAUGGAAGCCUUGGAGGUGUAUUUUCGACUUCAUGCUUCUAUUUUGAAACUUGUGGGGAAGCCAGACUCUGGAGUAGAUGCAGAGGUACUUGUUGGUUUCAUGAAAGAAGCUUCUGAGGGACCCUUUGCCAGGGGUGAGGAGAAGAACACCCCAAAAGUGGCAGAAAAAGAAAAGCCUUGCUUGAUAGAUGAAGACUCUCACUCCUCAGCUGGAACAGUGCCAGGCCCUGGGACUUCCCUGCCCUCCUCCUCAGGUCCAGGUCUGACAUCCCCACCUUACACAGCCACUCCAGUUGACCACGAUUACGUCAAAUGUAAAAAACCCCGCCAGCAGGCAGCGCCGGACGAGAGGAGCCAGGACAGCACGGGAGCGGUGCUGUCUGACUCCAGCUCCACACAGGACAUGUUCACUGAGCCUGCCAGCUCUCAGGACAGCCUGAAGAAGACUUACACAGACAAGAGGAUUUCUGCUACCUGUGCUGAUACACUGGUGCUCAAAGAGACCCUGGGAUCUGCAGAGGAAAAGGAACCUGCAGUGGGCCCGGGACGUGCUGCUGGGCAGCGGGGUGCCCUGGCAGCAGCUGAAGCACAUGCCUGCACAGGGCCUCUUCUGUGAGAGGAACAAGACCAACUUCUUCAAUGGCAUCUGGCGCAUCCCCGUGGAUGAGAUCGACCGGCCGGGCAGUUUCGCGUCGCAUAUGAACCGCUCCAUCGUGCUGCUGCUCAACGUGCUCUCCCAGCUGAGGGACUACAGCACCCUGCUCAAGGUCUCCUCCAUGCUGCAGAGGACCCCUGACCAGGGAAAGAAGUACCUGCGUGAUGCCGACCGCCAGGUGCUGGCCCAGCAAGCCUUCGUGCUCACAGUGAAGGUGCUGGAGGACACCCUCAACGAUCUCACCCAGGUUUCAGAAGAUCAGGGUUCCAAGUCUUCUAGCCUUGCUUCAGGAAGGAUGACAACAGACGUGUCCAACAAAAGCAGUGCAGAGGAGGGGAAAGAUGUGCUCCCCAAAAAGGCAGCUCUGUCAGACGGAGCAGUGCAUGGGGCUGAGAAUGGAGUGAAGGAAGGCACCCAGGGACAGAUCCCCCAUGCCAUGGACAUAUUGGAACAGGAGGACAGGAGUGACAAGGAGAUUAAAGAGCUUCCUGGCCCUGGUUCAGCUGAGCCCAUGGAUCUCGAUGGCUUUCCCAGUGACCCUGACAGAAUUGAUUCGUGCUGUAAGCGCGGCGAGCCGGAGCGGCUGCAGCCCGGCCGCAGCUCCAAGGACAGGGCUCCCGAGAGCAGGACUCCAGAACUUUCCUUGGAGGAGCUCAGCAUCAGCUCAAAACACCAGCAGCAGGCAGCUAAAGGAACAAUUCCAGCAGCACCUACAGAAGAACCUGUCCAGAGGUCAAGCAGGAAGAGGAAAUUACUUGAGGAUGUGGAGUCUGGAAAAACACUUCUGCUCGAUGCUUAUCGAGUGUGGCAGCAGGGCCAGAAAGUCAUGGCCUAUGACCUGGGCAAAAUUGAGAAGAUCAUGUCUGAAACAUACAUGCUGAUUAAACAGGUGGAUGAAGAAGCAGCACUUGAACAGGCAGUCAAGUUUUGCCAGGUGCAUAUGGGAGCAUCAGCACAGAAACAGAGGAAGAAGAGCUUGAAGUGCCUUUGGAGGGGCUUGGAUUCCAGCAGCAGGAGUCCCGGCUUUGUCAGCAGAUGAAAAUGGCAACGGUCGCGCCCCCGCCAGAGCCUGUGUGCUGGCACGUGGAGCCCGUGCCCAGCACAAAUUCAGGACAUGUUUGUACCCCAGCCUCCAGUUCCAAGCCUGAACUCAGCUCCAGUUCACAGACUUUGGGAAGUCAGCAGAACAAGACAGAUGGCACCCGAGUAAAAACUCGCAUUCUGCCCAACAUGCCAAAGCUUUUCAUACCUUCAUCUGUCACCAAAUUUCCACCUGAGAUCACUGUCACUCCACCCACUCCCACCCUCCUUUCUCCAAAGGGCAGCAUUUCAGAAGAGACCAAGCAAAAAUUAAAGUCUGCUAUUUUGUCUGCUCAGUCUGCAGCGAAUGUAAAGAAGGAGAGCCUUUGUCAGCCAGCUUUGGAAAUCUUAGAGACCUCAAGCCAGGAGUCCUCACUGGAAAGUGAUACUGAUGAAGAUGAUGACUACAUGGACAUAUGAAUGAAUUCUGGCCAUCAUCAACACCAACCACAUAACCAUUCUUCUCGUUGCCAGCAUCUCUGGAAGUUGAAACAUCUUCAUUGGCAUUACUCUCCAUUUAAUUGGCAUCAUUGUGUUCUUCACUUUCAUUCCCUGUGUUAUCACCACAGCCACUUGUAUUGCCUUCAGACUCUUGGCCAUUCUCCCCAUCAUGGUGCUUGACAGAAAGAAUGAUUGAUUGUUUACCAGGCAGUUGGUAAACCUGGAUCACACUGUCACCAGGAACUUCAGUGCACACAAGGAUGUUUUGAGCUGCAGUUCUUCUCUCUCUACUGUUCCUGCUUCUCCAAACCAGAGCCUUGGGAGUUGCUCCAGUAGCUCUUUCCUUUAGUGUUUUCCUCCUUUUAGUUGUCUUGUAUUUUCCCCCUCUAGCUAAGUUUUUCUCCCAGUAAUUCAGCAACCUGAUGUCUGUCUAACCAUGCCAUGAUUGAUCCAACAGCUCCUUCUAAGGUGAAUGGAGUAGGAAAAAUUUGCUGAGCUGGUAGAGAUUUUAAUUGCAUCAAGAAAAUCUGUGGCUUUGUCAUGGGGCAAGGAGGGUGAGCUGAGGGCCUGUCAGCUCCUUCACACUGCUGGGGGCUUGGCUGGAAUUUGACUCUUUCAAACAGACAAAAGAACCAGCUUUUCCAGGCAGACAGAGAGGGUGGUCUCCUGUUUGUGCUCAUUUCACACCGAUGUAUGAGGUCCAGCAAAAUUUAUCUACCUGAAUGUUGGCUUAAAGAACUGAUCUUUCCAGAAUUGUCUUACAGUCCUUUCUCUUCUAAUGCCUUGGACAAGCAUUUUGAAUUGGGGGCUAGAUGAUAUUUUUAUGGUGGUAUUGAAAAAAAAAAAAAAACUUGAAAGAUUUCAGUACCAUUUCAGUAAUGUCUGUUUUUUACAGAAUGACACGAAAAGGUGUUUUUUAUCUAUCUGCAGAGGGACUGCUCACAGUUAUUUAUAUGAGAAAAUAAUGGUAACAAAAAUCCUUUUUUUUUUUUUUCUACUGAAUGUUAACUUUGUAAAAUAAUGAAUGCAAACCAUGCAAAAAAAAGACGUCACACACUAUAUAUACACUGCGUGCUCCCACACACAUAUAUAUAUGUGUAUGUACAUAUAUAUAUGUCUGUACAUGAAAACAGAAACUGCAUUCAGCUUGCAAUGUCGGGUUUCUUUGUGUUUGGGGGGUUGGUUUUCUGUAAAAUGCAGAGCUUUGUAUAAACUUUUGGGUUUCUUUUCUAAUAAAGUUGAAAUGCACUGUU